UGCUCCACUUCAGUACUGAGGAGAGUCCCGACUGGCUGCCAGAGUGUGUGGGAGAGGGAAAGAGAAAGAGAAAGAGAAAGAGUGCGUCUGUGCAUGCCUUUGUCAAUGACAGGAAUAGACCUCCACAGGCAAUUGCUUUGGACUUUUUUCCACUCUUCAGGAAUGGAGUUGGUGUCGGAUCACAUCUGGACACGUUGACUUUGGGAUUUUGUUGUUCGCCGGCUGUUCCACCUCAGCUGAUCUCUGCUUGAAGAGUCUGACCAGUGACCCCGAUAGACGACUUAACCCCCCAUCUGGGUCACCGCCGAGCCCGACAGCGGCAUUCGAGCCAGGCCGAUGUGGAAUUUGAUCCUGACAGAGCCUGUCCUAGGAGAAGCCAUUCAAUAAAAACGGACUGGGGGGGAAAGGGGAAGAAGGAUAGAGGAGAAAGAGGAGUGAGAACAUCAGCAUACAGAGCGCUUGUGACUAAAGCGAAGUCUUCUUGCUCCCACUCAGCUCCGCCAAUAUGCCAGUGGAGACCCUGCGGCCCUCAGAGGGUCGCCUGGCCGGGGCUCCCUUCACCUCCGCCAUGCCUUUCAGGAUCCUCACCAAAGGGCCCGACUACUUUCGCCGUCAGGCUGAGCCGGGUACCCGCAAGCUGAGCGCCGUGGAGCGUCUGGAGGCGGACAAGGCCAAGUAUGUCAAGAGUCAGCAGGUGGCGCUGACGCGGCAGGCUCCGGUCAAGCCGCCAAUCAUCCGCAAACCUCUCGUCCCCCCGGCCAUGAUUCUGCAGUGCCACAUGGGCGUUCCCCCAGCCCGAAAAGGUCUGCGGUGCCCCACUAACGUGGACAGCGGUGGCGUGAGGGACGGACCGGGAGGGAGACGAGGACCCCGUCUCAAUUUGGAUAUUUUGAACAACCUUAUCAACGAUGUAUGCGACGGCCCGCUGCCCUCCUCCCAGUCGUCGUCCUCCACCUCGCCGUCAUCGUCAUCGCCUUCCUCGGGAGCUAAAAGCAUCGGCAGCAGCUUGUCAGCCGAGCGCGAGAAGAGCAACCGACUCCUCAACAACCUCAAACCACGGUGCACCACCGCCUCCUCAUCCAUCUCGUCAUGCACGUCGUCCCCACUCAACUCCGGCCAUCGUCCCCCCCCUGUCCCAGCACGGGCGCCCCGCAUCUGCGUCCCGUCAGCCUACGUCUCUCCAAAUACCGUCACGGUACGCAGGGUGGAUGUUCGACCCCACGCAGAAAUUAGGAAGCCCCAUAGGCCCCAACUCAGGCCCCGACAAACUGCCCAGGGUCAAGUAGCGAACCCCCUGGUCCCCCCACCACCACCGCCAGCACCCCACAACCCACCUCAGCCCCAAUCCAACACCACCACACGAACCACACCCUCGCCCCCUUCUUACCUGCCGCCCAGUCCCAUGCUGGUCCGUGCAGGGAUGAUCCCGCCCGCUUCCCCCGCCUUCACCCGUUUGUCCAACGCCAGCUCCAAGGGUUCCGCCCGUAAGCACCCGUCAUUGCACCGCUCCAAGUCAGACCUGAGCGACCGCUAUUCCCGGGCCACGGCCGACCUGGAGCGCUUCUUCAACUACUGCGGGCUGGAUCCCGACGAGGUGGAGGGCAUGGGCGGAGUGGAGCGCUUCACCAGGGCCAACUCGGACAUCGUGUCCAUCUCCAAGCUCCGCAGCGUCAGCACGCCCAGCUCGGAGUGCGGGGACGAAGCCGAGAGAGGCCGAGAGGACUAUGAUGACGAGGACGGGCCCGCCCGAGGCAACGAGCGCAUCCCCUACGGCAUCUCCGUCAUCGAGAGGAACGCCCGAGUCAUCAAGUGGCUCUACGGCAUCCGACAGGCAAGAGAUGCUAACGGCGCCGUUUCGAACGUAUAGACUAAAACUCCACUUAUUUUUGUAUUUAUAUGAAGAAGGGAAGCCAGUCUUUUCAUCUUUUGUGGCCUUACGUCCAACAUUUUCAAGUCUCUACGAUGAAGACUCACAUUUCACGUUUGUAGACUUUUGAGGAAGUUGGAACAUGCUGUUCAAGUCCACUUCCCCUCCUCUUUGACAUCAACAAUGUACAAUGUUACGUUGUAUCUGUAAGCAAUAAUAGACUGACGAGAGUGGUACUGUGUUAGUGUGAAUGUGCGUGUGGGUGUAGCACAGAGCACCUCGCUGAUGCUGUGAAAAGUCACAAAAAAAGCUUCCAUUAACACAUUUUGUAUUUUUCAAAAUCACCUUUGGCUGCAGGACUGUAAUUGUACUCGUUUCUGGUGGCAUGCAAGUGUAAUGUUUGUGUAAAUUUGGCACUUUAUGCCAACAAAGCACGCAUGCACUACGUACGUUCGUUGCACCAACACACAUUUUUCAAGCCAGUUAACAUCAAUAUGCUAGCAGUCUAAAUUUGUGUGUGUGUGUGUGUUGGUGAAACACAGGCACACGCAUGCACUCCUUUUAGGGAUAAGACUGUGAUAAAUCAUGUUGACCACACAUGUCCCAGCACAAGGCUGGUAAAAUGAAGAACAAGUAACACGAAAAAAAAAAAAAUCCUUUCCACACACAAAAGGGUUCGAUCAGGGGUGGGCAAGGUAGCGCUUGAGAGAGUUUUUUUUUGCACCCUGCUAGGCAAUUUUAAAACAAAUAAAACCUCACAGGAACUGUUGUACGAAGACCUACAUCAUUUAAGCCACAAUUGUUCAUAAAACUAAUUGACAAGGAUAAUGUUUUUUAAUAAUCCCUCGGAGGACUUGAGCCCACCCCUGUUAUAUGUAUACUAAAGAGUUCACUCGUGGAUUUGAACAAGUGUCUCAGGAAAAGAAGUAUUUGGCAUACUAACACAAAUGGACCAAUAUUUAUUUGGAAAAUGUAAUUUAAUGUAUUUUCUCACCACUUGUACAGCCGCUGUACAAUUAACACGUGUACAGAAUUCAGUCUGAAGUGCAAUCUAUUCAUAUUUACCACAACAAUUAUAUAGGAUGAAAUGGACACACACGCAUGGAAAUACAGUGGCAGGCAUAUGUGAGAACGAAAAUGUCAUCGAGGGGGUGUCUACAUCUUACCACAGUCUUUUUAGUUCCCCCCCAGCACAUUUCUAUUUUUAGCUGUCAUAUGUGACAGAGGUGUGACAGUAGCCCAGAAAUGCGGAUGCCCAAAGACUCCUGAGGUCCGAGAGGCUUUAAAAUGGCGUCUUUGAAGCUAAUAUUAAAACACAGUUCAAGAACAUUCACAUUGUCUGUGUUGAUUUUAUUUGUGUAUUUCUUUUUUGUCAAGCUAAUUCUAUCUCUGGAUUUGAAUCUCAGCUCUGGCCUUCCUGUGUGGCAUUUGCAUGUUUUCUCCCUGCUUG